AGCAUUCUAAUAAGUGAAAGAUAUCAAUCUUUAUCUGUCUUGGAUGGAGAAAGUAAAUUAAAUGAUUAGAAUAAGAACCUAUUAAGCAUUUCUUUUGAGUUUUGAGCCUAGUCCCCUCUUCAAUCUUAACCGAGUUCGCAUCGCAACGCAGGUUCUUUUCUCUUGAAGGCUUGAAGGAUGUUACCAACUUGAAACAACUACUUUCCUUAUCUUUCAAUGCUAUCGAUAACUUUGAGCAUGACUGACUUCUUCUUUACUCGAUCAGCAGCUAGAGAGCACUUUUUUCUGUCAGUUUUGAAAAUCUGGGAUGCCACUUUCAACAUAAUGAAUCUGCUAUAAUGACAGACUCAUCUGCUCCUUCAAGCUCAUUGGACGUAUUGUCCAGAGACUACUAUAAUAUGUCUUGCACUUCUUGUGGCCAAAGUAGAACUUAUAAAAGACUUGGGCUUGAGUUAGGUCCGGUCUAAAUUCUAAUAUGGGUAUCGUAGGACCUGGUGCUACGGAGUUUGAUCUAUGUUGCCGCAGUAUUCUAGUAAAAAAAUUGAACCUCAUCAACUUAAGCUUUUGAUAUAGUUGAUCUGUGACAGUUCUUAAUUUGUGUUAGUUGGCUUUGCUUUUCGAUGUAUCUCGCUCAAUGAAGCGUGUUUAUACUGCUGCCACAGCUUAUCACUAGCAAAUUUCACCAUAUUGAUUUCAAUCCUAAUGAGUACUUAAAGUUAAGCAUGCACAGUUGAUUAAAGCUAGUUCAGUUCCUUAAUGCUAUUCACACCAGAGAAAUUCUCAUGUCACAUUUUAAUUCUUUACAAGACAUCCUUGACCUCAAGGAAAUUAGUCAAGAGAUUUCUGUUUGAUCUGCAACCAUGGUUCUUGAAUAGCAUUUUCGUCAGCUGUGUUCCUUUGAACUAUUUUCUGUUAUUCAUUAACAUCAUGUUUCUUCACUACAACACAAGCGUCAUAUGCCAGUUCUUGAUUUUAGGUGGAUGAGGUGAUGACAUGAUGCUAUUUCCGGUCGUAGUUAAAUGUAGCCACAAUGCGGUUGUGUGGCUGAGUAGUGUUGUUUGCGCUAGUAUUAUGACUUCGAACAGACCUAAUAAGAGAAGGGUGCAGAUAUGUCGUACCUGUUGCCUCACUUGCAUUCAGGAUGGGCUGUGGAUCAGGCAAUCCUUGCUGAGGAAGAGCGUCUUGUUGUCAUCCGCUUCGGUCACGAUUGGGAUGAGACCUGCAUGCAGAAACAAGCACAUCAUGAUAGAUCUUGGCACUGGUAACAACAACAAGAUCAAUUGGGCUAUGAAGGACAAGCAGGAGUUCAUUGACAUCAUUGAGACCGUCUACAGAGGGGCAAGGAAGGGACGUGGUCUCGUCAUUGCCCCCAAAGAUUACUCCACCAAGUACCGUUACUAAAAGCAUAUCUCUUCCAAAACUAUAGUAAACUCUGUAUUUGCACUCUGCUGCAAAACCUGAUUCAAGAUUUUACUAUCCCGUAUGCCUAUUGUGUAUAGGACUAUGAGUGUGACUGUCAUUCAGAAUAUUAAACUUAUCUGUCUUCUUAAACUAUGACUAGUCUGCUCUGUUCUGCUAA